CUUCAUUUGACUACGAUCGCGUGACGUGUAGUUACCAUGCUCCAAGUCAGGGAUUCAACAAUUGUGACUAGGCCAUUCGAAUUCGCACAAAUGAAUUGCUUGAAGUACUGGCCAAACGAGUAUUUGUCUACAUCAACGGCAGCCCAUUCUGAGCAACUAGAUGGGAGCGUAGGAAUUUUGUACGGAUUCCUGAUCACGGGUGCCGUACUGGUUAUAUUUUAUCUUAUUACCAGAUAAUGAUGCAGUUAGACCGAUAUCUCGAGAGAUCAAGACCUUGCAUAUUUGCCCUGCGUUUUCUCUAUCGAAACAUGAAAGUACUCAACUUCAACUAACCUAACUUGUUGAGGUACUUCGCGCAUACUAAAU